AUGAAUUGCAAAGGUGAAUAGAUAGAUGAUCUAUUUGAGCUUUUUGUUUCAGUUAAAGAUGUUGAUGAAUAAAUAUUCAGUGUGAUAAUUGAAAUUUUUAGAAAAGAGAAAAUUUAAGACUGUAUAGGAUAUCUUUCAGUUAAUGAAAACAGCAGAUAUAAUGAAUAAUUCAUUUUGCAAUUAGAAAAUUUAACAUUAAUUGAUAAUGAAUAUAAGUUAAAUGUUGUAACAAAUAACAUUUAGAUAAUUUCUAAUUUUCUCAAAUAAAUUAAGGAUCAUGAUUUUAAUUAAAAUGACUAUUCAACCGAAAUUUAUUUGAAGGCUAGAUAAGAUUUAAUCUAAAAUAUAUCGCAUGAAAAGAAUAUAAUUUAAUUUUUGAAAUUUCUAGUUUAUCUCACAACUAUAGAUAACAGAUUAUUAUAAUGUGGAUCAAAUUCAUUAAAUUUAUUAGUUUAAACGAAGGUUGAUCUGACUAAACAUUGCUUUGAGAAUAUCAAGAUUAAGAAUACUUCUUUAGUUGGUGCAAAUAUGUUAAGAUGUAAUUUAAGUGGAUCAGAAUUUGAAAAUGUAGAUAUUAGUGGAAUGAAUUUAAAUGAGGCAUAAUUAUUUUAUUGUAAGUGGAAGAACUUAUAAAUACAUGAAUUAUAUAAAUUAGUUUGUCAUGAUAGUUUGGUCUACUCGGUAUGCUUCUCUCUUGAUGGCACUACUUUAGCAUGUGGUAGUGAGGAUAAAUCUAUACGUUUAUGGGAUGUUUAGACAGUAUAAUAAAAAGGCAAGUUAGAUGGUCAUACUAGUGGAAUCCUAUCAGUAUGCUUCUCUUCUGAUGGUACUUCAAUAGCAUCUGGUAGUGAUGAUAAGUCUAUCCGAAUAUGGGAUGUGAUGACAAGGAAAAAAAAAUAGAAAUUAAUUGGUCAUAAUGAGAGUAUCAACUCAGUAUGCUUCUCUCCUGAUGGUACAACAUUAGCAUCUGGUAGUGGGAGUUUUUUUGUAGUGGAGAUAACUCUAUCCGUUUAUGGGAUGUUAAGACAGGAUAAUAGAAAGCCAUAUUGGAGGGUCAGAGUAUAUGUGUCAAUUCUGUCUGCUUCUCUCCUGAUGGUAGUAUAUUAGCAUCUGGUAGUGGAAGUUCCUUUGAUAGUGAAGAUAACUAUAUCUAAUUUUGGGAUGCGAAGACAAGAUAAUAAAAAAUCCAAUUAGAUUGUCAUACUAGUUAUGUUUAAUCAGUAACCUUUUCUCAUGAUAGUGCUACAUUGGCAUCAGGUAGCUAAGAUGGCAUCGUCCGUUUAUGGGAUGUUAAGACUGGAUAAUAAAAAGCCAAAUUUGAUGGUCAUUCUAAGGUAGUCCUAUCAGUAUGCUUCUCUUUUGAUGGGGAUAUAUUAGCAUCUAGUAGCGCGGAUAACUUUAUCUUCUUAUGGGAUGUUAAGACAGGAUAGCAGAAAGCUAAAUUAGAGGGUCAUAGUGAUACUGUCCGCUCGAUAUGCUUCUCUCCUGAUGGUACUACAUUAGCAUCUGGUAGUUUGGAUAAGUGUAUUCGUUUAUGGGAUAUUAAUGCAGGAUAAUAAAAAGGCAAAUUUGAUGGUCAUAUAGAUUCAGUUCUAUCAAUAUGCUUCUCUCCUGAUGGUACUACAUUAGCAUCUGGUAGUGGAGAUAACUCUAUCCGUUUAUGGAAUGUGAAAACAGGAUAAUAAAAAGCUAAAUUGGAUGGUCAUAGUGGAACUGUUUAUUCAAUAUGCUUCUCUCCUGAUGGUACUACAUUAGCAUCUGGUAGUUUUGAUAAGUGGAUUCGUUUAUGGGAUAUUAAUGCAGGAUAAUAACAAGCUAAAUUGGAUGGUCAUAGUGGAACUGUUUAUUCAGUAUGCUUCUCUUCUGAUGGUACUACAUUAGCAUCUGGUAGUUAUGAUUAUACUAUCCGUUUGUGGGAUGCGAAAACAGGUUUAUAAACAUUUAAACUUAAUGGUCAUCAAUAUUAAGUCAACUCAGUAUGUUUCUCUCCUGUUGGCUCUAUAUUAGCAUCUGGUAGUGCGGAUAGGUCUAUCCGUUUUUGGGAUGUUAAGACAGGAUAAUAAAAAGCUAAAUUGGAUGGUCAUAGUGGAACUGUUUAUUCAGUAUGCUUCUCUUCUGAUGGUACUACAUUAGCAUCUGGUAGUGGAGAUAACUCUAUCCGUUUAUGGAAUGUGAAAACAGGAUAAUAACAAGCUAAAUUGGAUGGUCAUAGUGGAUCUGUUUAUUCAGUAUGCUUCUCUUCUGAUGGUACUACAUUAGCAUCUGGUAGUAGAGAUAACUCUAUCCGUUUAUGGGAAGUGAAAAAAGGAUAAUUAAAAGUCAAUUUAUUUGGUCAUGAUGGAAUUGUCUACUCAGUUUGCUUAUCUCCUGAUAAUACUAUAUUAGCCUCUGGAAGUUAUGAUAACUCUAUCCGUUUAUGGGAUAUUCAGACAAGAAUAGAAAUUUACAACAUGAAUAAAAACUAUGAAGAUAUUCUCGAAUAAUUUAAAAAAACCCUAUUUAACAAAAAUCUUCUUCCAGGUAUAUAUCUUUUAACAUUAAUUAGUCGCAGCUCAUAUAACUAUACUCUUGAUUUCUCGAACACCCUUAUUUUAAGCAUAAGGAGCUUUAGUCCUUCAAGGAUAAUUUGUCAAUUAAUAAGGUGUAGAUUUAAGAUCAUUAUUAAAAUCUAAAGGAAGUUUUUUUUUGGAUAGCUAAAUAUAAUUUUAGUGCUAGUAAAAUUGA